AUGGGGGCUAAAGGCGGAGCCUUGUGGCACACCUUUGGUUAUAGGUUGGGAAACUUUCAGUGGGGUGAUCGAUGCCCUGAAGGCUGGACUCAGUUGAACAAUCGCUGUUACAUCUUUAUUGAGAAAACAUCGCCUUUUGAUAUAGCACAGGAGAGCUGUGAAAUUCUCGGUGGGGACCUGGUGUCCAUCCAGAAUGAUAUGGAACUUGCUGUGGUCAAUGAGCUCGCAAAAAAUGCUAUCGAUCUAAGCGACGUCUGGAUUGGACUCUCCGUAUUUGAGGUUGGCUCUGUAAUGUGGACUGAUGGCUCCGACACAGACUUUGCUAAAAUCGAGUUGAUUGACCUAAUGCCAGGAGGCUGUGUGGCGAUUGAUACAUCCGAUAUUGUGUGGAAAAUUGUGGAUUGCGACUCGCCACUGCCCUACAUUUGUGCCCGAGAUGUGUUCCAGUGUGCGUUAAUAUGCAAAGAAGAAGAUCAAGUGAUGGCUAAUUAA